GUGUGUGUGUGAAGGACAGUGAGAAGAUGAGUGAUCCAGAACCCUGCAGAAUUAAACAGGAAGAGACUGUAGCACAAAUAGAUGUGAUUUUGGAGGAGAGUGAAGAUGAGGAGAAAUAUGUCCAAACUCAAUCAAAGACUGCACAUUUUCCAGUGGAAAGAACAGCCGUAACAGGUUUGAUCUGCACUCGGUGUGGAAGGAGUUUCAAGAACAAUGUCACUCUGAAGCGUCACAUGAUGAUCCACGAUGGAGAGAAACCUCACCAGUGUUCACACUGCGACAAGAGAUUCAUUCAUUCAGGACAACUGAAAAUACACGAGAGGACUCACACCGGAGAGAAACCUUACCAGUGUUCACACUGCGAGAAAAGUUUCAGUGAUUCAGGAAACCUGAAAAAACAUGAGAGGAUUCACACAGGAGAGAAACCGUUUCACUGCACCAAUUGUGGGAAGAAUUUCAGACAUUUAUCUUCUCUACAAAGACACACACAACAGAUUCACAAUGUGAUGGUGAAGGAGGAGAGUGAAGAACUGAGUGAAGACGAGGAGAAACAUCAUGUCAAAAGUGAAGAUAGUGAACAGAGUAUUCCAGUGAAAGCAGCAGCCAUAAAAAGCUUCAUCUGCACUCAGUGUGGAAACAGUUUUGGGCGCAAAAACACUCUCAAUCAUCACAUGAGGAUCCACACUGGAGAGAAACCGCACAAGUGCUCACACUGCGAGAAGAGAUUCAGACGUUCAGGACACCUGAAAAUACAUGAGAGGACUCACACCGGAGAGAAACCGUAUCACUGCACUGAUUGUGGGAAGAAUUUCACACAAUCUUCUUCUCUACGAACGCACACAAUAAACUUCCACAGCAAAUGGAUCAACUAAUGUUCAAGCCCUUCCAGGUUGUAUUAUUUAGGAUAAUUGUGGAGAUGAUAAAAUGUAUAUAAUGAUGAAACAUGUAUAUAUAUAAGCAUGACGUGGUUUUAUGUUUUCCUUCGUCUUUGGAGUGUGACUAUCUGUGUUUAUAUAUGCUCAGUAAAGUCUCAAGGACUAAUGUCUCGUUUCCAUUGAGUGGUUCAGCCUGAUCAGCUUGUGUUUUCACUGCCAACAGUGCAUUUACUUUAUAGGCAUGGUGUGUCGAAGUUCCUGGCCUUUCCAUUAAUUAACCCUGAUCAGUUUGGAGGGUUUUAAUACCAGAAGAUAGACUAUUUAACAUAAACUGAAAGGUCUGAGAAGUUUCCAACCCAGGCUCAUUCUGAAAACGUAGUCCAGAGGACAUUUCUGGAGACUGCGAAUUAUGUAGCCGGAGGUACGUAUGGCUGCAUUUCAUUUUUUAAGCGAACGCUGCGGUGCGGUAUGACGCUGCUCCUUUUAGCGCUUACCGGCUGACCGCUUACCUUCGUGUGGAGGGCUUUCCCACAGCAACCAGUUUGUCCGGUUAGCUCGUCCUGUACGUCGGUGGACUUGAGAUGCAGAGAGGAGCUGACCACGAUGAUGAUGACUGGGUUCGAGUCCGGGGAAGAGCGGUUCCAGAAAUCAGGUGAGAUUAAAACAGAAUCCAAGAAAUAAAGUGAAGAGGUUCAUAACAGGGUGAGAAUGAAGUAAAAUCUGAAAAAGUGGUAAAAAAUUUUUUUAAAUUGGACGAGGGCUUUUCUUUUUCUGGACGGCUAUUGUAAAUUGUUGGGUGGGUCAAUCGGUAAAAUUGGUUGGGUUCAAGGAAGGAGGAGGGUGGGUCGGCCGGCCGAUUGGCCAGCCGCCCAGUCAAUCAUUCAGCCAGUCGGACAGACAGACGUUCGUUCGACAGUUCGUUCAAUUUACGUGAGAACAGUGCGGGCGCGAACGGCACUCGUGGGAGACAUCUGAGAAGCGAAAAAGCGCACACAGCGGCCUCUCGCGGAUUCGCGAAAACCAAAAACUGCAAAAAUACGUACCUCCCGGGACGUAUUUCGCGGUCUCCAGAAACGUCCUCGGGACUAUGUUUUCAGAAUGAGCCUGGGUUGGAAGUUUCAUGUUAUUGUUGGCGCUGCACACUCUGUAAUAGAAGUCUGCACUGGACUUAUUUUUUUUUUAGUCCCGCUCCCGCCAGUUUUAUUCCGCACCCGUCCGCUCCCGCUGUAUAUUCAGUCUCCAUUCACCCGCUGCCCGCUGAGAAUAAUUCUCUACCCAACCUAAAUUUAGAUCUGGUGUCCAAAAAUCUUCCCUUCUGCAGUGCAAGCAAAUGACUAUACAUAUUUAUCUCCCCGUAGGUGUUUACAUACAUUAUCAUGAUGGUCUGUUCAUUUUAUAAUAUGUCACCCACUCUCCUGAAAGCCUCUCAUAGGUAUAGGUAUUCAUAUGGGUAUUUUACAUAUCCAAUCAGUGCUUGAUGUAUAGUUAUUCUCCAGCAGGCUCCUCAUAGUGUUACAUUUCUCUACAGGCCACUCAUCUUAGACACAUAGCUCAGUUUUAGCCUGGCUCAGAUCAUCUUAAAUACAUGCUUAUCUGUCUUUAGUUUACAUUAUUUUAGAGAAUAAAAAAUGUAAUAAUCUGUAAGAGGAUUCAUGCUCAGUUCAUGUUCUGUAUUUUUCAAAACUAGAUACCAUACCAACUGUGGUAUACUGUUUUGGCUUUUUAU